GCCAGAUACUAUACGGCCCAAAACACAUAAACAAACCCUUUAUAAAACCCUAGUGCACCCCUGACGCAAUCUUUUCAAAGUUUCUGGUCGGAUCAAUUUCUUUCGCUCACUCAUUACUCUUCACGGGAUUCAUUCAGGUCACUUCCUUCUCUUAUCAAAACCCUAGCGAAUCCCCUCCGUCGCAAACAUGGCUUCCAACUCCCCGAAUCUCGAAUGCCGUAUGUACGAAGCCAAGUUUCCCGAUGUCGACAUGGCCGUCAUGAUUCAAGUCAAAAGCAUCGGUGAGAUGUGCGCCUAUGUCUCACUCCUCGAGUACAACAACAUCGAGGGAAUGAUUCUUCUGUCCGAGUUGUCAAGACGCCGUAUUCGUAGUAUCAACAGUUUGAUUAAGGUCGGGCGUACCGAGCCUGUUAUGGUUCUUCAUGUUGAUGAAGAGAAAGGCUAUGUGAAUCUUAGUAAGAGGAGGGUUUCCGAAGAGGAUAUUCAGAUUUGUGAAGAUAGGUAUAAUAAGAGUAAGCUUGUUCACUCGAUUAUGCGCCACGUAGCCGAAACUAUGCAGCUUGAUCUUGAGGAUCUAUACAUUCAUGUUGGUUGGCCUUUAUAUCGGAAGUAUGGACAUUGCUUUGAGGCAUUUAAGUUAAUUGUGAAUGAUCCUGAUUCCAUUCUUAACACACUCACCCGUGAAGUUAAAGAAGCUGGUCCUGAUGGAGUGGAGGUGACAAAAGUGGUUCCUGCUUUGACCGAGGAAGUCAAAGAUGCAUUGGUGAAGAACAUUAGAAGAAGGAUGACCCCACAGCCUUUGAAGAUCCGGGCAGAUAUUGAGAUGAAAUGCUUUCAGUUUGAUGGAGUUCUUCACAUUAAGGCUGCUAUGCGGAAGGCUGAAGCUGCUGGGAAUCAGGAUUGUCCUGUAAAAAUUAAGCUGGUUGCUCCUCCAUCUUAUGUUCUUAUCACUCAAACUCUUGACAAGGAGCAAGGGAUUUCAGUUCUUACUAAAGCAAUAGCUGCAUGUACUGAAGAAAUCGAGCUUCACAAAGGAAAACUCACAGUAAAGGAGGCACCAAGAGCUGUGAGUGAACGUGAGGAUAUAUUGCUGGCUGAACGAAUGGCUAAAUUAAGUCAAGCAAAUGAAGAAGUUGAAGGAGAUGAAGACAGUGAAGAGGAAGAAGAUACAGGCCGAUUACUUUUUUUGAGAGGUAGGCUGAAGCUGAAACUGUGUCUUAACUCUUAA